GGAGCAAAGUGUGCAAAGCCCAUUCUUGAAAGGGAGAGUAGCAGCAUCACCUGGGACAGCUGCUACCUGCCUGAGCAAACCUACAGGGGCUGAGUUAGAAGCUGCUUUGAAAAAUGCCGGGGAAAUUCCCCAUCUUCUUUCUGAUUGUGGCUGAGCUCCUGGGUCUAUGUGGUGCCUCCAGAAAUGAACUUCAUUCCAGUGAACCGGCAGACCAGCACUUUCUCCGAGAAACCCCACCGAACACAGAAAGCAGCCCACGGAGCAGUGCAGGGUUUUCCAUCACAGAAGACGACACAGCCAUGGUGACCUAUAAAUUGCAAAGUGCCACAAAUGACCCUACAAACAACAGAUCGCCCCAGUCCCAUGGGUCAACAGCCAACUUCAGUGAUCUGCACACCGUGACAACCUUUACAAAGGAUACUGACAAGCUGCCUGCAUUUGAACAAGUACAGACAGAGACAGGUGUUUUAAAUAUCCCUGGCCCUGGCAGUGUUACCAGUAGGCCCUUGAGUACCUUGAGCAUUCCCAUCUCAAGGGGGGAAAUUGAUUCUUCUGCCCUUAUGAAAAAUCCAAAUGAGGUACCUCCGGGGAAAGCAGAAAGGGGAACUGCAUUUGGAAUCCAUAUAGCUAGCACCAGCCUUGACCUGUUCAGUCCCACUCCCAGGGAGAGGACACUCAUAAAACCUCCUGCAUUUCACCACUCCCGACCACCCGACGGUGUUGUGCAGACAGCAAUGCCAAAUCCCAGAAUCUCUUCCAUGACUUCGACACUAAAUAUCCAUAAGCUGGACGAAAACCAAACCAAAACACCAGCCUCUUCGUUUCCCAUCAAAACCGUGCAGACUCUCACAAAGACAGCAACAAAUCAGUUACUGGCAUUAAUCCCUCUCACUCGCAAAAGGUUGAGAGAGAAGAGCCCAGAGCUGGAUGUCCAAGCUUUUUUUGCUACUGGGAUUCCCGCAUCCCCAAAGGGGACUACUCUGCAUCCAGAUAUCAGAGUCUUCUUUUCAGCCUCCUUGCAAACGCCAGUUUCAGAGGAACCUGCUGCAAUCAUUUCAAGGGCAAAGCAGCCUUCCCUAGCUACACCCCUCCAGAGAGAUACAACGGGGAGUAAACCCAUUGAUCCACAAAGAGUGGAAAUGAAUGGUUUUGGAAACCCAGCCCAUCGGUAUGCACUUCAGGUACCUCCACAAAAUGGCACUCACCCCUCUCCAUUGCUCACAAUCCCAGAAACGCCUCCCCCAAAUGCCUUACUGCACUCUUCGUUGCAAGUGCCCAGCACGAAUCAAUCACAGCCCUUCUCCUCAUACCAGUUUGUCAACUCCAGUAAAUUGGUCAUUUUCCAGGAAAUUGGUGAAGGUCUCAAACAAAACACAAGCCCAGCUCUGAGAAGUGAUAUGGGGCAUCAGACAGUGGAGCAAAGAUCUAAGACAUCCAAAUCCCCUAAGACCCUAAGGACGUCAGCUGAUGAUGGACAUCCACUCAACCUACCACAGAUGUUCCGCUUCAAACUAUCCCCAAGCACCAUAGGGCUUAAAGGGACAUCACAUAUGCUCCUGCACCAGCAGAGCUUUUGGGACAAUCACACAGAUAUGUCAGCCUCUGCGCAUGCUGGGCCUCUGGCCCCAGCCACCUCCACCUCUGGACAUGCCAGGCCUGUGGGAUUGGCCACCUCCACCUCUUCCAACGCUGGGCCUGCAGCUCUGGCCACCCUCGCCUCUGCCCACACUGAUGCAGACCCUCUGGGCAUGUUCAAUUUGGCCCUCAGUGGGCUUGCAGCUCCAGGCAUGGCCGCUUCCAGGCACACUAUGCCUGAAGCCCCGGAUAUGCCUGCCUUUCAGCACACCUGGCCAGAACCUCCAGUCACCUCCGCCUUUGCUCUCCUCAGGCCUGCAACCCUGCGAGCCUCGGCCCUCAUGAAGCCUGCAGCCCCAGUCACCCCCGCCUCUGCCCACUCCGGACUUGAGGACACUUCCCCCUCCACCUCUGCCCACGCCGGACCUGAGGACCUGGCCACCUCUGCUUCUUCCUAUGAUGGGCCUCAGGUCCCAUCCACCUCUGUCUCUCUCCACGCCAGGAUUGAGGUCCUGUCCACUUCAAUCUAUGUCCACACCGGGCCUGAGGACUCGGCCAUUCCCGUCUCUGCCCACACCCGGCCUGCAGCCCUGGCCACCCUUCCCACUGUCCACGGUGGGCCUGAAAACAUGGGCACAUCUGCCUUUGCCCACGCUGGACCUGAGGACUCAGCCACCUCUUUCUCUCCCCAUGCCGAGCUUUCAGCCCCAGCCACCUCGACCUUUAUCCAUGCCAGGCCUGAGGAUUUGGCCACUUCCUCCUCUACCCAUGCCAGGACUUCCGGCCCAGCCACCCCCGCCUCAUUCCAUGCUAGGCCUGAGGACCCAGCCACCUACACCUUGGUCCACACCAGGCCUGAGGCUUUGACUGCCUCCACCUCUGUUCAUGCUGGGCCUCAAGUCCCAUCUAUCUCCGUCUCUGUCCACGCCAGGCCUGUGGUCCCAUCCACAUUUGUCUCUGCCUAUGCUGGGCCUGAAGUCCCAACCACUUCCAUCUCUGCACAUGCCAGGCCUCAGGUUUUGGUCACCUUAACCUCUGCCUACACAGGGCCUGUCCCCUUGACCACCUCCAUAUUUGACCAUGCUUCACCUGAUGCUCCGGCCACACCCUCCUCUGCCCACACCAGACCUGAGGAUUUGGCUACCUCCUCUUCUCCCCACACUGAGCCUUCAGCCCCAGCCACCCCCGCAUUACUCCAAACUGGGCCUGAGGAUACAGCCACACCCCCCUUGUUCCACACCAGGCCUGAGGUCCUGGUCACCGCCGUCUCUACCGACGCAGGGCCUGAGGACCCGACCCCUUCUGUCUCUUCCCACACUGGGCCUGAGGUCCCAACCAUCUCCAUCUUAGCCUUUGCCCAAGUUGCACCUGAGGACUUGGCCACCUCCUCCUCUCCCAAUGCUGGGCCUUCAGCCCCAUCAACCCCUGCCUUAGUCCAUACCAGGCCUGAAGUCCCGACCAUCUUCAUCUCUGCCCACACCAGGUCUGAGGUACCAGCCACCUCUGUCUCUACUCGCGCUGGGCCUGAGGACCCGUCCACCUCUGCCUCUGCUCACGCCGAGCCUGAGGAUCUGGCCACCUCCAUCUCUGCCCACGCUGAGCCUGAGGAUCUGACCACCUUUGCCUCUUCCUAUGACGGGCCUCAGGUCCCAUCCACAUCUAUCCCUGCCCACGCCAGGCCUCAGGUCCAGUCCACCUCUGUCUCUGUCCACGUCGGGCCUCAGGUCCUGUGCACAUCUGUCUCUGUCCAUGCCGGGACUGGGGUCCUGUCCACUUCCAUCUAUGUCCACACCAGGCCUGAAGACUCAGCCAUUCCCGUCUCUGCCCACACCCGGCCUGCAGCCCUGGCCACCCUUGCCCCUGUCCACGGUGGACCUGAAGACUUGGGCACAUCUGCCUUUGCCCAAGCUGGACCUGAGGACUCAGCCACCACUUUCUCUCCCCAUGCCGAGCUUUCAGCCCCAGCCACCUCGAUCUUGGUCCAUGCCAGGCCUGAGGACUUGGUCACUUCCUCCUCUACCCAUGCCAGGUCUUCAGCCUCCGCCACCCCCGCGUCGGUCCAUGCUGGGUCUGAAGACCCGGCCACCUCCACCUCGGUCCACACCAGGCCUGAGGAUUUGACUACCUCCACCUCUGCUCAUGCCGGGCCUCAAGUCCCAUCCACCUCCAUCUCUGCUCAUGCCAGGUCUGAGGACCCAGCCACCUCCAUCUCUGUCCCUGCCAGGCCUGCAGUCCCAUCCACAUUUGUCUCCGCCUACGCUGGGCCUGAAGUCCCAACCACCUCCAUCUCUGCACACGCCAGGCCUCAGGUUCUGGUCACCUUCACCUCUGCCUACACAGGGCCUGCCCCCUUGACCUCCUCCACCUUUGACCAUGCUGCCCCGGAUGCUCCAGCCACAUCCUCCUCUCCCCACACCAGACCUGAGGACUUGGCUACCUCCUCUUCUCCCGACGCUGAGCCUUCAGCCCCAGCUACCCCCACCUUAGUCCACACUGGGCCUGAGGACACAGCCACCCCCGCCUUCAUCCACACCAGGCCUAAGGUCCUGGCCACUGCCGUCUCUCCCUACUUAGGGCCUGAGGACCCGACCCCUUCUGCCUCUUCCCACGUCGAGCCUGAGGUCCCAACCACCUCCAUCUUAGCCUUUGCCCAAGUUGCACCUGAGGACUUGGCUACCUCCUCCUCUCCCAAUGCUGGGCCUUCAGCCCCAUCAACCCCCACCUUAGCCCACACCAGUCUUGAGGUCCCGUCCACCUCCGUCUCUGCCCACACCAGUCCUGAGGUCCCGUCCACCUCCGUCUCUGCCCACGCUGGGGUUGUGGCCCUGACCAACUCUGCUUCUCCCCAUGCUGGGCCUUCAGCCCAAGUCACCACCACCUUAGUCCAUGCUGGGCCAGAGGACCCAGCCACCCCCACCUUGGUCCACACCAGACCUGACGAUCCAGCCACUUCCACCUCUGCCCAUGCCCGGCCUGAAGACCUGGCCACCCCCGCCUCUGCCCAUUCCAGGCCUAAGAUCCUGGCCACUUUCACCUCUGUCCAUGCAGGGCCUAACAUCCAGGCCACCUCCAUCUCUGACCAUACUAGGCCUGAAGACCUGGCCACCGCUGCCUCUGCCCACUCUGGGCCUGAGGUCCCGGCCACCUCUAUCUCUUCCCACACUAGGCCUGAGGUCCCGGCCACCUCUUCCUCUGCCCGUGUUGGGCCUGAGGACCUGGCCCCCUCCGCCUCUACCCAGGCUGGGCCUGAGGUCCUGUCCACAUCCAUGUCUGCCCAGGCCAGAGCUGUGGCCCCAGCCAACUCUGUUUCUUCGCCUGACUUUCUGGCUCCCUCUGCUUCUGUCCUUGCCAGGCCUGAGGUCCUGUCCACCUCUGUCUCUUUCCACACAAGGCCUGUGGUCCCAGCCACCUCUUCCUCUGCCCAGGCCAGGACUGCAGCCCUGGCCCAUUCCACCUCUUCUUAUGCCAAGAGUUCCAUGCCGGUGGAUACAUCUGCUUCUGCUGUGGCCAAGUAUCCUGUGCCGGACGGUACAUCUGCUUCCACGCAACAUGGGCAUCCUUCACAACACAUUUCUGUUCAUUUUGGAUCUCAACUAGAUGUCCCCACGAUGCCAUACCUGAGCACCCUGAAAGAUGCCGACGGUGAGAGAGUUCCUCAAUUCUUUGCUCCGACGGAUAAUGCUGGUACUUUCCCAAUAUCCCUGUUAGCCCAUCCAUCCCCUGGAUCCUCCGUGUUCCCUGGCCACAAGGACCUUCUUAGCUUGGGUACUUCAGCUUUCCAAAACUGGCAUCCUGACAGCCUUGACCCAUCCCUGGCCCACACUCUAGUAAACCUGCCUAGCUUAACAACAUCCCCGGGGGAGAUGGUGCUUAGCAGUCCUGCUAAGGCUCUGGACCCUCUGGCACAAGAGCUGUCCCAGCAGUUCAAUUACUCAGAUGUCACAGCUUCUCAAAGCCUUUAUGCUUUCAUGGCCAGUCACCUGCUGCUCCUAUUGCCAGCCCAGUUUUUGUCCUCCUGGGUUGGAAACUCUGAGGACAUGGUGUGUUUACAACCCAUGAAAAAUGCCCCUCUGUCGGCAGUACACCCUGACACCAGUGGUGAGGGUCAGUCUUCCAUUCAGAGAAUGCCAUUGUUAUUGACCUUACUUAAGGCUUCAGUGCUGAACACUGCACCUUUAAAAGAAACGAGUCCCUCCAACAGAAUUCUGGUUAAACCUGGUUUUGUCUUUUUACCUUCUGAUAAAAGAGAACUCCAAGAGUUACCACCUCUUGGGGCAGAAGGGAAACAUGUUGCUUCUUUCUCUGUCACCAAUAAGCAAGACCUGGGUUUGGUUACUGCCAAAAGCAGCCAUGGGCGCUUGAUGGGGAAUAGUCCCCGUCAUACCACUGAAACCCUCCCUUCCACCACUGUUUUCUACCAACCAGAGAAGCGAGUAAUGGCACAGCCAGCACUUUCUGGUCUUCUAAAUGAUGCAACAAUCGCCAGUUUAUUUGGCUUCAGCGCCUCAGCAUCAAAGCAUUUGCCUUCUACGCUGAUGGAGCUGAGCACCACAAAGCAGCCCUUCCGUACAAAGAGCUCGCCUGAAGAGGUCCAGUUGCCUGUUCUCCAUUCUAAAGAGGCAAAAGAGAAUAAUUCACUUUUUAUCUAGUCAAAUCUCUGCAACGCAUCUUAACUCAGCCACUUUGCCGUUAACGCCACCUCCCCAGCAUAGCUCAAAAUCGUCAUUGCAUGCACUUUCCACAAUUGACGUGCUAAGCUCUGACUCCAGGAUCUUUUCACUGUUAGCCGGGGGGCACUCCAGCUCUUACCUUCUAACUCCAGGAGUGUUUACAAAGUUAAGAAGUGUGGGUCGGCAACAGCUUAAUACGGAAUUAAUUCUGCAAACCACUAAUCAACAUUGUUACUCAGCCUUUACUUCCUCUUCUGCUGAGAAGAGACAGAUGGAAUCCUUGAAUUUGUCCUCAGCUGGUAGCACAAAACUCCCUCUAAAGAUAUCCACAAGCAUCACACCUUCACGGUCCACCUCACUCAAACCCUUAAGUACUGAGUCACUUGGAAAACCUUCCUUGCAAAUUCAGUUUGUACCCAGCACGGUGUCAUCUUCCUCAACACUUCCAACUAGAAACAAUCACAAAGAUUUAGCAGGAACGGGUGAUUUCUAUUCAGAAGGGGUCAUGGCACAUCAUCCAGCAACACAAACCCUCACAGCUUCCAUGAAUCGUGACCUCUCUAAGCUCUUUGAGUUGAUUCCCAGCAUAACUAAGCCCUCCCCAGUAGGAGAGAAACCCAUGUGGUCAGUUCUCACACAGUUUUCAACAAAGAGCCACCAAAUAAAUGCAACGGUUUCUGGGAAACUUCUUGGUAGCGUCACAGACCCACAGAGACAUUCCAGGACAUCUGCAGAAGAAUCUUCACAGAUAUUUGGGAGCGCCCACCAUGCAUUAAGUCCGAAAGACGGCCUAAUCAGGAUUAUGGCUGUUGGGGGGCUCUCCCUGCCAAAUGUGGAAGGAAAAGCAAAAUCAAUUCAGAAUGUUCCAGAAACCAACAUACAUGCAAGACAAAAAGGAACAGAUGAGCUCCAGGGGAAAAGUAGCACAACGGCAGCCUUGCCUGGCAAUGCGGUGGAGCAUCCAGCUACCAUGAUUCUUGGUAACUGGCUCCCUUCAACAUUAGGACAGCCACGAGAUUCUGCAGGGUCUACAGCUCUUCAAAGAGACAGGAGAUUAACAUCAAGCACUUUGUGUUCUCCAUCAGCUUCUCCUUUGGCCGUUCCAGACAAUCAGGUAAGUGCUUCGCUAACGAGCACAGAAGCAUUAUUCCCGGUCCCUUCAAAUAUCAGCUCUGACUUGAACACUUUGCAGCCAAAUGUUGCCAGAACGAAUGAGACCCCGGUGGUUUCACAAGCAGCAGGUAAAGACAACAGCCGGCAUGGUGAAGUGACAGCUGGCCAGUUGGCUGCUCCAACGCUUCUGUCUCAGUUGCUUCAUUUGUCAUCAAGCCUGCAAAGUCGCCCGCCGGAGAGGAGAUCUUUGGAAGACAAUGUGAAAAAUGAUCCUUGGCAUUCCUCCUCCCACACUCACAUCCCUCUGGCCUCUCUGUUUUUUUGCUGCUCUUCAGGCCAAAACAUCUCUGGCAAUAAAACUGCCUGCCUCUGCUGAUAGACUUGAGGCUAAGGUUAUAAACCAGUCACCUCUCUUCCGGGUACUGGCACUGAGUGACUCCGAGCCACUUCUAACAAAAAAUCGAACCCAGUUCCAGCCAGCCUUGGAAAGUCCUUCAGAUUCUUCUGAGGUCCCAAUGGCCUUUGCAUCAAAGGAGGAUUCCUCACUAGAUGUUACUGACCGUGGGUCAUUAGAUCAGCCCUCUGUGCGCACAGAGCGCGAGCAGGUUAGAACAAGCAAAAUGACCGAAGAUGAAGCUGAGGACUUGGUAACGGCUGUGCUGCUGCCGGAUUCCGGUCCCAGCACUUUUGAGAGCGGGGCGCAGCCGAGUUUUAUUCAGGCAGACGAUGUUCUUCAGGAUGGGUAAUUAUGAUGCUGGGAACCUUUGGGGAGAUUCGUGCGUUCAAAGGGUUGAACAUGCUAAUUUAUUCACAGCAGGGGGUGACUAGCUGGCCCUGUGACACCCCCUCCAGCCCAAGGAAGGGCAGGGACAACCCACCUCUGCCCCAGGCCCUGCCCUUCCCUAUCCUUGCUCCAUGCCCACCCCACUUCUUCCCCCAAGUGAGGCAGCCUGGGGGACUAGCGGGACCAGUGGUCCGGCCCCUCUGCACUCACCAGCAGCAGCAAGGAAAAUGGAACAACGUGACCUCAGCUCAUUCUGCUUCCUUGCUGCAUCGUUUCACUCCCCUAUGGGGAGUGUGGGGGCGGUCCCUCCCUCCUCCGAGCACCUAGGCUGGAGGAGCAGAGCGAGCUGGAACUGGGUUGCUCUGUUUCCUCUGCCGCUGCGUGCAGGAAGGCCGACCCCUGCUGUGGGUAUCUCCCCCCCACACUAUUUCCUGCUGGUUGGCCCCUUGCCCCUCCCACUCAUGGCACUGGACCCCUCAAGAACCUUCCCCCCCAUGCAUCUCCCCGACCCACAGGGCAGUAACGCGGGGAAGCUGCAGUGCUAUUUUAAAAAUGGUUAGUCCAGUGGUGGGCAGCCUGCAGUCUGUGGGCCGCAUGCAGCCCAUCGGGGCUCCGUGUGUGGCCGGUGUGACGUUGCCCACACACGGGGUUGCCAAAUUCUACUGGCUUUUUGUCCAAACGUGGUUUUCUUACCUACCCAUAUUGCUAACGUGCACACACACGCAAAGGAAGGGCACAGGAAGGGAGGGGCAUGCUGAUUGCACGCACCGCUGACUGUGAGAGUCCUGCGCUCCCUCUGCAGCCAAUCAAAGCCCUGCUAUGGUUCAAUCGGCACCUGCACAGUCUAGACACACAAGUGCAGAUUGCACAACUACCCUAUCAUAGGAGACUGGCCUGGUCACCUUGCGGCCCCCUGAGAUGAAGAAGGGCCGCUCAUGCUGCCCACUCACUAGCCUAGUUUCCUAUUAUUACGGGCUUAGUACUUCCCACAUGGCUUCACAUUUGGAUAACUCCGAGGUGCGUUGUGAACCUGCCUUUCAGGUACCAACAUUGCCUUUUGGGCCUGAUUUUUUUAACAGAAGCUUUCCAAUUUUGUGCCUGUAUUUUUGCUCCUCCCACACUAUCGGUGGGUGCAGUUUUGCAGGCGCAAUCAUUUGCCGGCGCCAUCAUGUGUCUAGUGGCAUGAUUGUGCCCACCCGUAAGGCAGAUGUCUGUGUAAACCAGCAUGUGCAGUGAUGUGCAAGUGCAUGGAGCCAAGCUGAGAUGGUUCUGGAAACGUGUGGCUUUCUCAUGACGCAAUGUACAGAGUCCACUUGGAUCUUGCAAAGGUUUCGGUGCUUUGAGUGGAAUAAUAAAACUUGACUCGAGUCUCAGGUCCUCCAUGAAAUAAACAGCUCCACCGGGGGACUGAAUCCCAUGCACCUUGCUGUUUAUCCCCAGUGUUUGGCAUUGGAGAAGGCUUUUAUCCCCUCCCCCUCCAGCUUUGCAGUCAUAUCCGAUGACGCCUGUGGCUCUGGGAACUACACUGUGCAGAUGAGUUUGCGUCCUGUUGGGGCUGGGCUCCACGAAGCAGCACCUCCCCCGGAGACCUUCCUGGCUGUCGUCACCCUGCAGAGCAA